CCAGAUGCUAAAUAACACCCUCUAUAUGUAUGAUUGGUGAUUUUUCUUUUCUUCUAAUUGCAGCAUAAUACCCCUCUGUCUGUCAACAUCAUCCACGCGCCUUUUAAGCCGUAGCAAGAGUGAUGGGGGACAUCGGCGUCGUUGUAGACCCCGCAGUUACCAGCGUCGACCCAACGUCCCUCCCAGCAGCAGAAUCAAUUAAUGUCCUCGUGACCGGUUUUGGGCCUUUCAAAGACAACAAAGUCAAUGCAUCACAUCUGAUCGCAACAUCCUUGCCACCAGAAAUCACUGUGCCACCGAAGAAGCCAACUACGGGCGUACCUGUCCCUCGAAUAAUCCACAUCCAUGUGCAUACUACCCCUAUCUCCGUGUCUUACUCCUUCGUGCGAACCCAGCUCCCAUCUAUCCUAGAUAGUUUCAAGCGAGAGCAUGGGAAAAGACCCGAUUUGAUCAUCCACAUGGGCAUCGCCCCGACACGCAAGUAUUAUUCCGUGGAAACGCGGGCAUAUCGGGACAAUUACCGAAUCACUGAUAUUGACGGGAAACUGGGGUUUGACGAUGGCGAGAAGAUAUGGAAAGCAAAGGGAUUGCCGUCAGUACUAUGUCCAUUACCGAAGGAGACGCAGGGAAUCGCUUUAGAUAAAGCUGCACCACCAUCUUCAAUCGAAAAGGAAGAACAGCAGCACGGAUAUUCUCCUAAGAUUAUAGUACCUUAUCCCCCCAAUGAACAUUUCCGGCAGGUUUGGAAAUCGUAUGCGCCAGCGGAAACAGAUAUCCGCAUUUCGGAAGAUGCAGGGAGGUAUUUGUGUGAGUUUAUAUUUUAUUCCAGCCUGGCGCUGGCGCUGGAGGAAGGACAGGAUCAAUCGGUGCUGUUCUUUCAUGUCCCCUCGGCGACGGAUGAUGCAGCUCUUGAGCUGGGAAAUAAGGUGGCUGUUGCGCUUAUUAAAUCAAUGAUGACGUGUUGGAUUGAUGAGGCGUAAUGGAUGCAAUAUUUGAUGCAGCUUUUGUCUGUGGAGACAGAUAUGAGGGGUUUGUAUAGGUUAUUGCUCAGUAUGCAGGCCUCUAACACUGCAUGUAUUGGUCUGAAUCAGUCUAAAUAAUUAAAUGUGAAUUUAAUGAUUUCAAACUACUA